GAAGCGAAACGCCACCAAGUUCUCCUGCUGCCCUAUAAGAAUGUCUCUGCUUGCGAUGGGUUUCCUGCUAGGGAUCCUCCAGCUUUGCACGGGGCAGUUCCCCAGAGCCUGCACCAACACUGAGAACUUGCUGAGGAAGGAGUGCUGUCCUCCAUGGGAUGGGGAUGGGUCCCCAUGUGGACAGCUCUCCAGGAGGGGCUCCUGCCAGAGCAUCCUUCUCUCUCAAGCUCCGCUGGGGCCCCAGUUCCCUUUCUCAGGAGUGGAUGACAGAGAGGACUGGCCCUCAGUGUUUUACAACCGCACAUGUCAAUGCAGAGGCAAUUUCAUGGGAUUCAACUGUGGUGAGUGCAAGUUUGGUUUCUCUGGAGCCGACUGCACUGAAAGGCGAGUGAGAACAAGAAGAAACAUCUUCCGUCUCAGCACUAGUGAGAAGGACAAGUUCCUCGCCUACCUCAACCUGGCAAAGAGCACCCCCAGCCGGGACUAUGUCAUUGCUACUGGUACUUAUGCUCAGAUGAACAAUGGCUCCAACCCCAUGUUCCGAAACAUCAACGUGUAUGACCUCUUUGUGUGGAUCCAUUAUUAUGCUUCUCGAGACACCCUCCUAGGAGGGUCAAAUGUGUGGAGGGACAUCGAUUUUGCUCAUGAAGCCCCAGGGUUUCUGCCUUGGCAUCGUGCCUUUCUGCUGCUCUGGGAACGUGAGAUCCAGAAGAUAACAGGUGAUGAGAACUUCACCAUUCCCUACUGGGACUGGCGAGAUGCUGCAUUCUGUGAAGUCUGCACCAAUGAAUACAUGGGUGGCAGACAUCCCACCAACCCUAAUUUACUCAGCCCAGCAUCAUUCUUCUCCUCGUGGCAGGUAAUUUGUACUCGAUCUGAAGAGUACAACAGCCAACAGGCUUUAUGCAAUGCCACAAGUGAAGGGCCUAUCCUGCGAAAUCCUGGGAAUAAUGAUAAAUCAAGGACACCAAGGCUCCCAUCUUCAGCUGAAGUUGAAUUUUGCCUCUCACUGUCUCAGUAUGAAUCUGGAACCAUGGAUAAAAUGGCCAAUUAUAGUUUCCGAAACACUUUGGAAG